ACUAUACUUAAAAGUAUUCUUGAACUGAUAUAGAAUAUUUGGACAGAAGUGGUAAUAAGAUAGAGGAAUCUAGUAGUGAGAGUGUUACAUAAAGCAUAUUACGGUUGGGUGACAACUGGGGGGCAAUAGUGGAAUAUUUGGGAGUGUGUUGUGAAGUUAUUGUCUAUUCUAUGUGUUAAUAUUGAAAGAUGAAGAAAACUACUUCGACUCCCUCCUAAGCAACACCAUCUGCUGCCCCAAGUCCAGAAAGCCAGAGAUCCUUGAUACUUUUCUGGUGCAGGAAAUAAAUGCAAUACAGGUGGAAACAAAAGCAAUGUUCCAAUCAAUACAGGAGUCAAUAACCAAACUACAUGAAAGAAUACAAAAAAUGGAUGAUAAAGUGGAAAAUAUCUGAUAAAGAAUUAUAAAGAAUGAAGAAAGAAUUUAAAAAGUAGAGGAAAAAUCAGAACAGAGAAAAAGGUGCUGAAAUGUUUGGAGCGGUUGCAGGGGGGGUGUAGGCGCCAGUUAGAAGAGAUGCUAAAUUCACGCCCGCGUCCCCACCACUUCCCGUCAUUUCCUUCCGUCGAAGGCGUGUGACACAACAAGCUGCAAAGCUGCCAACACGCCAGAAGGUCUUUAUUGCCGUUACAGUGAUGGUAUUAUUUGGAAGGUAAACCAGAAGAGAAGAAGGUGAGGAAGGUCGGGGCCAAAAAUGGCGGCCGCUGGGGGAGAUGUUCAUCCAAUCCCCAGGUGCACCGCCUAUCCAAACUGGUGGCGCCAAAAGUAGAAUUGUCCAAAAAGUGGAGCUGUCAAUGGCGGUCCCCCUGAGGUAGCAGCAGAUGACAGUGGCUGCACUGACUGCAGUAAAACACGUAGAGUGUCGGGCAGCACAAAGCCCCGCAGCAGCGACAGCAAGACAGAAAGGAGGCUGCGCCAAGAAGUACCAAGAAGGAGGGGGGACCUAGAAGAGCUGCGGUGGCGACAGAGAACCAGCCGCCCAGUCCCAGCGCACAUCGUUGCAAAAACUCACCACUACCCUCCUUGGGGCGAGGCACAAACCGCCGCGCCGGCACAGCCCAGCACAAGUCCAUCGUCUCCCCCGGCAGCGAGGCCAAGAGUGCUCGCCAUCCGUGCAACACCACCGUCACCUCUGUCGCCAGCCAGCACAGGAGCACAGAAACCGCUGAAGGUGGCAACACCGUCCAGGAGCCGCCCGUCCUCCAGGAAAGGCAUAUUUUGUGACCUGCUUACAUCAAUUCAAAAGAAGAUCCCACCGUAUUUGUCCCAGAAUUGGCAAUGUUUGGGACAGUAGUGACUGGAAUUGGAAUUGCUGGAUCUGUACGAAUCAGAGAUUUGCUAAAUCCUUUGCCUUCCAGUCCUGUUGAGCAUCUUAAAUUAUUGGGAUUCGUUUCUAGAAGAUUUCUAGGUGAAGUUUAUCAAGUCAAGCAAAUUAGUCUGCAAGAAGCUCUAGACAAUCCAGAAGUCCAUGCUGCCAUCAUCAGUACAGAUAACCAAAACCACAGUGAGAGUGUAAGGACAUUUCUAGAGGCUGGCAAGCAUGUCCUUGUUGAGUACCCUUUGGCGUUGUCUGUAAAAAUAGCUCAUGAACUUUGGGAGUUGGCAGAGUUGAAAGGCAAGAUCCUCCACGUGGAACAUAUUGAACUACUAUCAGAGGAAUACAAACAACUGAAAAAAGAGGUAUCAGGAAAAGAGCUUGUGAAGGGAACAUUACAUUUCACAGGGGGUCCAUUGGAUGAAAGAUAUUCAGGAUUCCCAUCUUUCAGUGGCAUUGCUCGCCUCACAUGGUUGGUGGAUCUUUUUGGAGAUCUCACUGUCACUUCUGCCACAAGAGAACAGCAAGAAAAAAACUACUUCAGAAUGACAGUACAUUUUCAGACUCCAAACAAAAGGCCCCUGACUUGGAUUGAAGAAAGGGCUCCAGGGAUGAAACGAGAGAAGAAGAUUAACUUCUGUUUUAAAAGUGGGUGCUUGGAAUGCCUCCCUGUGGCUCCACGUUCACCAGUUGGUCUUUUCAUGCAAGACUUGAUUAUCUUUGCCAAAAAACUUUUGGGACAGAUCCCCAAAGAGGAGCUGAUAGCUGAGAAAAGGCGGAUUCUGCUGUGUCUCAGUCUUGCUGAGGAGAUUCAAAUGCACUGCGAACAGCCAUCAAAAUUCUACUCUUGAAAGUGUGUGAAACUACAGGAAUCACCAUUUUAAACUGUUUCUUGCACUCCCUUUUUAAAAUGUUCUUCUUCUAAUGUGCCAGCUUCUCUAUUCUAUUAAGCAAUAUUUUUCUAACAAAGCCAUGUUGAUCUGGCAACAUGGGGUAUAUAGGUACUGUCUUGACUUACUGCAAAGCAACUUUCUAAUCAAAAAUUAGUAUGCCUGCAUGUCUUUUAGAAGUGCAAUAGCAAGAGUGUCAUUUAUUCACAAUAUUUAUUAUUGAGGAGAAAAAAAUAUUUCUUAGCAACAAAAUAUUUCUCUGAAACACUUUAAAUUCUAUAUCUAAGCCUUGUGUAUAUUACUUAAAUGUUUACAAAGAUAUUAAUUAGUGUGCUGUUAAUAAACAGCUUUAAGUUUAUUUUUGGCCUCUGUUCAGUCUAAGUUGCUUUUUAACUGCAGUUGUACAAAACAUUGAAAAUAGUGCCCUUUCUUAUAUUCAUCUCUAAUGUGUAGCCCAAGACUACAACUUAGCUUUUCAAGAUAGAAAACUGUACUGAAAGGAUAGUGAAUGAAGGAAAAUUUCUGGUUGUGAAGGUGGUUUUUGUUGUUGUUGUUUUUGAUUUGGCAACUAUAUAUCACGAUGACCUGGUUUAAACAUAAUGUUGUGUAAAUUAUGAAUUAGUCAAUAAAUGUUAUUUGAAAAAUU